AUGUCUGUGACUGUUAAUAAAUCUACAACUAUUCUCAGAUCAUCAUCAUCAAGAAUCACAACAUUGCUUCCAGAUCUACUACAUUAUUAUAGCUUCACCCACGCGAUGAAAGAAAAGACCAAUUGGUAUUUCUAUACCAUUUCUACAACUCUAAACUUCUUCUACAAUAUUCUUUGGAAUCUCUUCUUACUUUAUAUUCACAAUAUCGAUGGAUUCUCGUGUUUUGAUCCAUCUAUAGCAGUGCCGCUGGAUGCCAUCUUCACUGUUUUGCUUUUCUACUUAUCCUUUAAGGUGGACGCACUCCCUUUCCUUUUUUGUCUUAUUUUUUUCCCAUUUUCGUCAUUUCCUUUUUUGGAUUUUGUCAGUCUCACUCGGACAAUUUGUCUUUGUUUCUUUUAG